GUUGAAAAGGAAAGUCCAUGACUUGGUCUUCUUCGCCUUCUUCUGUCUCUCUCUUCAUUCUUACCUUGCUAAUAAAACCAAACAACGAAUCCAUUUGCACCUCAAUCCCGAUCGAUAAACCUGGUUAUCUGUGAUCCAUCACUUCAACUCUGUCUUGCAGGUUUGACUUCGAUUGAGGUAGCAAUUGGUAUGUGAUAUGUAUCUGAUAUGUCUUUGGAAACUUGAACUGAGAGAUUGUUAGUUAAAAGCUGUGGUUCUUGUUAUUUGACAAUGGAGGAAGGUACAAAGUCUAAGGAUCAUUUGAUAUCAGCUGCAGCUUUUGUUGAAGGUGGAACUCAGGAUGCCUGUGAUGAUGCUUGCAGCAUAUGCCUUGAAGCAUUUUCUGAAAAUGAUCCUCACACGGUUACAGGUUGCAAGCACGAAUUUCAUCUUCAGUGCAUUCUUGAAUGGUGUCAAAGGAGCUCACAAUGUCCAAUGUGUUGGCAGUCCAUCAGCUUGAAGGACCCUAGCAGUCAGGAGUUGCUUGAUGCUAUAGAGCAAGAAAGAAGUAUUGCAAAUAACCCAGCUCUGAAUGCAACAAUAUUUCAUCAUCCAACCUUUGGCGAUUUCGAGUUACAACAUUUGCCGGUUGGUGCGACUGAUUCGGAGCUUGAGGAACGUAUAAUUCAGCACUUAGCUGCUGCAGCAGCAAUGGGCAGGGCACGUCAUAUGGCUAGGAGGGAAGGCCACAGGACGAGAACAUCUGCCCACGGGCAGGGGCAGGGGCAAGGGCAAGGGCGCCCUCGCUUUUUGGGUUUCUCUGCCCAACCUAGCGUACCUUCCCCUACUCGACCUACUGCCAGUGGCACUGAUGAUGUUCAAACCACCCCUACCCCUACCCCUACAAUUGGAUUGGGAACCGUGCAUGAAGAACCUGUUCCAUCCUCAUCCUCUGUCCCUGCUUCAUCAUUCGUCUCCACCAUUGUUCCUGCACGUCCACAUGAACCACCUCCACCAGAAAGUAGGUCAGGCAACCAAGAUAGAGCAGGUCCUUCAGAAGCACACUCGUUUUCAGAUUUCAAAACCCGAGUCAACGCAAUAUCAUUGAGAUAUAAGGACUCGAUUACGAAGACCACAAAGAGUUGGAAAGAAAGAUUAUUUUCACGCAACAACAGCGCCGCAGAUGAUGGUUCUAAAGAUAGGGGUGAGGGCAGUGCGACGUUAUCACGUAUGAUGGACCAUCUUCAACAAGACUUAGGACACGUGGACAGUACCACAAGUCCACGUGUCCAGAACACCAAUAAUUCUGCAAGUCGAAAUGAGAUUACAGGUUCAGCACCAGCACCAGCACCAAGUUCUGGUAUAGAGUGAGGGUCUGAUCUAUAAUUUUUCAUAUUAAGGAUUGUAUGAUUAAAAUACUACAUGGAUAAAUUAUAUGCCAUCUCUCGAGUAAAUGUUAUAUGAAUAAAGAUUGUUUUUCAUUUUUA